AUGUCAAGAAAUAAUAGCUCACAAGAGCAAAUAAAACAGCCUUUGGUAUCUCGUACUGAAUCAAAAACUGCAAAGUAUGAAAGUCCUCCACUGAAGACCAUAUGCGGUUUAGAUGCGAACUUGAUUGCUCUUUCUUCAAUGAACUUUUUUUAGAAUGCUGCUGUAUCUAUUAUUGUGCCAUUCUUUCCUCCUAUAGCAAAAGAUAUUGGUGUUACUUCUACAAUGAUAGGACUUAUACUUUCAUUUAAUCCUAUUGGUAGUUUUCUUACAUCGUUAAUUGUAGGAUAGAUGAUGGGCAGACUAGGUAAAAAGAAUCUUAUGAUUUGGGGUUUGAUAUUUUAAUCGAUAUCAAUAGCAUCCUUUGGAGCUUUGAGUAACUUGAAAAAUGAUAAGGUUUUUAUUAUUCUAUCUGCUACUUCAAGAUUCAUCCAAGGAGCUGCAAGAUCUGCUUAUGGAUCUUCAUCCUUUGGGUAUGUCCCACAGCUUUGGCCAGAUUCUGUUUAGAAAAAAAUUAGUAUCAUGGAAACUUUAACUGCACUAGGUACAAUUUUAGGACCAAUUUUAGGUUAAGUCAUGUACACAGGACUUGGUAAUUAAAUGCCUUUUUAUAUUUUAAGUUUCCUCUUUAUGUGCUGCUUGAUUACAAUAAGAUGGCUUCCUCCUGAUAUUAAAUCUAAGAAAGAUCUUGAUAAAGUGUCUUCUUUAAAAUGCUUGUCAAAUAGAUAUAUAUUUUUUACCUUUAUGGUUUUAGUUGCUGGGUUAACUGCAGCCUCCUAUAUUAAUACAUUAUACACAGAACAUAUGGAAAAUCUAGGCUUAAAUGAUGAUAUUUCUGGUUAUGUCUAUCCGUUAGGAUCAGUUUUUUAUAUUGCAUGCUUGCAUCUCAUGCCUAGAAUAUCAAAGUAUGUUAAUAGAAAAUUGAUUUUGUUAACUGGAGUUUUAAUUGCUUCUAUUGGUGUAGAAAUUUAAGCACCUGAAAAAUACUUUGGGUUACCAUCAGGCGACAAUCUAUGGUAUAUAGUGACAAUUGGGCAAUGUGUAACAAAUGUAGCAUUUGCUAUGACUAUUUUACCAAUUAUACCUGAACUAAUUGAGCUUAUCCUUAACAAAGAGCUUAAGGAAAGGAAUAUGCUUGUCGCUGACGCUAAACUAACAAGAGCUUGUAGCGAUAUGAGUUCUGGUAUCUUUAUGGCUGGGUACUCUCUAGGUCUGUUUUUAGGACCUUUUGUUUCAGGUCUUCUCUAUGACAGUUUCAAUGGAGAUGACAUUGAAAAGUUUAUGAACACAUCAAGAUGCAUAGCUGCUUUUGUAGCAUCUAUUUUUAUCCUUUACUUGACUGUUGGAGGUGCUUAUAGAGGUUUUAAACAAUAGCAAAGGUUAACUAGGGCCUAAUCUAAAAGAGCUUAAUCUUACAGUCAACAUGCAAUCAAAGUAACAAAAUAAGAGGCUUUGGAAUAUUCAUAAAUGACUCAAGAAAAUAAAGCAAGCUAAAUUGUAUCAUCCGAAUAAGUUAAAAAUGAUGAAAAUUUAAUUAAGGUUGAGAAUGUUGAAACAAAUUUGGCAGCUAACUAGGUUACUGCUAAAGACUUCGAUGCCUUAUCUGAUACUUUACUCUCUGAUUCAGGUGAUGAUGAUUAUGAAAGAGGCGAUCAUGACGAAGUACUCUCAGAAGGUAGACAUUCUGAUCAUGAAAAUGAUGAGUAAAUAAAUUUUAAUAUGAAAUAAGACAGUGAAGAUGAUUGA